ACGUACUCUGUCGGGCGAGGGCGUAACCAUCAAUCCCUCAUUAUAAUAUUGCUGCAGUGCGUUACAUCAUAAAGACAAGUGCGCCCGAUAGAAUGGCUAAAAAUCAAGUGUGGCGCCCGAUAUAAUAGGGUGGAUCUUCGCGCCCGACAGAGCAUGUGUAUCACCAGUUCGGGCGCGAAGGUGGGGUUUAUAAGUUAAGGCUAUGACCUGCUUGGAAUCUUUUACUUCAAUGAAACAUCAGUCACGAAACUAGAAGCAGCCUUUGUCUACCUAUCAAGGCUCAUAAAUCAAGAUGACUACGUUUUCUGAUUCAAUCUCCAAGAUCCUCGAGGAAGUACCGGCUCUUUAUAGAGGGCCAGGCGGUGCCAUCGCUGUGUUGAAAAAUGGCGAGCUCCUUGGUCAGCACGUCUGGGGAUUUGCCGAUCUCGAACGACGAAUUCCCAUGACGGCCGACACGAUAAUGCCCAUCUGUUCCAUCUCGAAGCAGUUUGUGUGCGGGCUACUAACGGACCUGGAGCGCAAUCCCACGCCAGCAAUGAUAGCUCGCGGCGAAGAGCCAACGAAGCAGCUAUCGGAUCACCUCGGCCAAGUGUUGAAUCCCAAGAUGCUACAAGACACGGGCUUGACGAUUCGCCAUCUCGGCAACAUGCAAUCGGGAAUCCGCGACUACUGGGCCAUGACGGUCCUUUGGGGUGCAAAGCCCGAGGGGCAUUUUUCGGUGGCUGAUCACGGCCCGAUGAUGAUGGAUCGGAUCAAGUCUUUUCAUUUCCAACCCGGCACGGAGUAUUCGUACUCGAAUACGAACUUCUUCGUUCUGGCUCGGGUGAUCGAGAAGGUCACCCAAAAGCCGCUGGCGGAAUUGCUUGCGGAACGAAUAUUCGCGCCCGCUGGGAUGGCGACGGCAAGACUUUGCGCACACACCGCAGAGCAUCCACGCCCGUGCAUUGGCUACGAAGGAGAUGAGACGCAGGGCUUCUAUCCGGCUGUGAAUUGCAUAGAAUGGGCUGGAGAUGCAGGCAUCGUGGCUUCCCUUGCCGACAUGACUGCCUACGAGCAGUUUCUGGACAGCAGCCGAACCGAUUCGCAAGGCUGGUACCAAGCCAAUUCCGAGCAGCAGCAGUUCAAGGAUGGCGCGCCAGCUGAUUAUGGAUAUGGCCUAGCCCGCCAACUUGUUGGCGGUGUUGAAACUGUGAGGCACGGAGGGGGGCUUCGUGGGUAUCGACUUUCCCGGCUGUAUGCACCAGAACCACGGAUUUCUAUCGUGGUGUUGCUAAACCAAGAGCACGGAGAGCCAGGGGCGAUCAGCAAUUAUAUUUUGAAGCGAGCACUAGCUGUUCCUGAAGCCAAGCAGGAGAUUGUCCAGUCCAGCCAGAAUUGGAUUGGAACAUAUCUCGACCCAGAAACCCAACUGGCCAUCACUGUGAAAGCAGAUGUUGCCGGAGAGCUCCUCGUGAAAUACCAUCGGAAAGCAGAAAAGAUGCGUGUAAUUGAACCGUUCCGAGCUCAGUCUGACGAUAUGGUCGCAACGCUGGAGGGAAGUCUACUUCACAUGCACGUUCCGAAAGACAAUCGAAAUAUCCAUGCCCAACGCGUUACAACCACCAAGCUUGCCGGCAAUCCCUCCGAAAUACACGGACACUACUAUUGCGCUGAAAUAGAUUCCGUGUUCCACUGUAACGGCUCUGGCGGCAUGCUUUAUGGUUCGUUUGAUGGAUUCCUGGGCCAGGGACCUGUACAUCUGAUCCGGUCACUUGGAGACGAUGUCUGGGCUCUUGCAUGCCCUCGAGCUAUGGAUUCUCAACCUCCAGGUGACUGGACGGUUGUCGUGCGCCGUGAUGACAGUGCUAAUGUAACUGGUGUUACUAUCGGCUGUUGGCUAGCUAGAAAUCUUGAGUUUAACAAAACGGGAGAGAUGAAACAACCUGUUAUGUAGCACAGCUAUAACAGAUCUCUGACGGAAACUGA